UAUUGGUCUAAAAUAUCGUCAGACAUCCACGCAGAAAAAAACUGUCAACAAGAAAAUUUCGCAUUUCAAAACAUAACAAAGGCGUCCGUGAAAACGUUCGUCCGGUCCGUAUAUACGCAGUAGCUACGCAAAAGUUCUCGAAAUUUUUAUUUCAAGUGAAAAUUUCAUAGAAAAAGUUUAUUUUGAGUAAAGUGCAUAGAGAGAAGGCGAGAAUGGCCGCUCGAAAGCUGAAUACGCUCGAAGAUUUAAGUGGAAAUCGGCUUGUUACAGAGUCCUGGGUGGAACUGAACUCGGGCGGUCUCAGCGGUGCUGAGAAUGAAUACAUUCGCCUGUUACGGGAGGCGCAGCGCGAGAGUCGCGACUCGUCUGUGCGGCAUUCACGCGCGUCCAGCAUGAAGGGCAGCCCAAAAUCGCCACCGAACAGUCCGAACCUAGAGCCUUCAACCGAAGACGAGCUAAAAGGAGUCUACAUUAACUGCUGGAGGGAUGAUUCAAACGACUGGGUGUGGGAGUGGAGCAGUCGACCGGACCAAUUGCCGCCUAAGGACUGGCGGUUCAAGCAUCCGGUGAACGCACGCGGUCCACCAUCAGCCACCUCCUCCAUCGAGGUUCUGGAGCAGCAGAUACAACCUGGCAGUCAACAGCAGGGGCACUGUCUGUCCGUGCGUCGCGCGUGUUUGUUCAGUCGCGGUGCGAUAGCGGCCGUGUUGAUAACAAACGUGGUUUCUCUGCUAUUGGGCGCUGGUAUAGGUGUAUGGCUGAGCAAAAGGGGCAUGCUGCCGCCGAGACUGAUCAUAUUGAACUGAAAUGCUGAUAAGUAAGACUGACUCGCUGGAUACAUUCAGAUUGUGAAGUAAGUUUGUACAGCGGUGGCGCCGUCUAGGGGGAGAUGCUAAAAUUAGAAAAUUAACAAAAAAAAAAAACAAUCUUUUUAUCUAGACGUAGAGAUUUUUGUAUUUUCCUAUACAAAUCGGUGCGAUUGACGGGAAAUACAAAUUUUUAAUAAAAAAGUUAGUCGAAUAUUCUAGAAGCUUUUCGAAUAUUACUUUUUUUUAAGAAAAAUUCUGACAGUUGUUUUUUUUUUUUGUUUCGCGCCAAUCGCACGGAUUUUAAUAUCACUUUUAUAAAAUACCGUAGUUAUAAGUAUGUCAAAAUAAUAUAAUAAGCACACAAUGUUUUCUUGUUUUUAAGUUUUAAAACGGAGCGGUACUGCAUUUUGUUUAUAUUUUUCACGAAUUUUUUGUAAUAGCAACACCAAACAUUGCUCAAAACAGGUUUUAUAUAUAUAUCACUUUCACGCAUAAUAAAUAAAAAAUAAAUACUUGGUAUUUUUGUCAGAAUAGAUUUUUGUAGAGGCAAAUUUUAUUUUUUUAAUACAAAGAAUUGAAUACAUAUAUGUAUUUUUUAUUCAUGUAUGGUCAAGAACUUAGAGCUAUGAUGUAGUAGACAAAAAAUGCUGUAAAAAAAGCAUAUUUUUAUACGUGGGUAUAAUUUAGCUGGUCUCAUUUUUUUGUAAUAAGUCUAUAAUUUUGGUUUUAAUUAGGUGUGUUCCAAUUAUUUUGUUUUAAAUGUAAAAGUACCUGGUUAGGCUCCCGGGCUAUAAUAAUUAUAUAUAUGUAAUUUGUUAAUAUUUUGCAAUUAUGCUAAAUUUAAUAGCACAUUAUUAUAAAAUUGUGUAUUAAAUUUAAUUGCUUCGAUAUAACGUUGAUUUUGAUUUGCAUGAAAAGUAUAAUUUUGGUUUCUUGUAAAAUUUAAGGUUUUUUUAUUAUGUUUUGUUCUUUUGUGGCUUAUUUAGCGGAACACAAUUCUAAAAAUGUUGCCAUAUAAAAAAAUCUGUCAGUUUAAUAGAAAAAUCUAGAAAAAAUGUAGUAAAAUUGCUGUGAUGUUACUGCUUUUAAUACCAUGCGUCUCAAAUGGAAAUUGUUUCAUUUUCAUAUAUUAUUAUAUAAUUAUAAUAUAUUUUAUUUAGAGAAUAUAAUAUUUAAGUUUUAGUUUUUAGUUCAUAUUUAUGUUUCGUGUCGUGUGAUAGCCAUUUUGAAGUUUAUCGAAAAAAAAGUUUUUUGAUCGGUUGUUAGGGAGCGUUUGAGUAUUACGUAUUGAGUAAUUUUAAAAGUUUUUUGAAUCCCCUUUCCUCUCCCGACCUUGUUACUGUACCACAGUGACGCAUCGUGUCGAGGAUCCCCCCUAAAUUGCUUUAUGUAAUACUUGAACGCCCCCUACAUAUAAUGUAAAUAUAUGUCACACUCAUAAUCAUUAAUGUUAAGCGCUUGAAGUAAUUCAAUAAAUACGCAUUUUAAUAAA